AACCCUGAGCCGGCUCCCGCCCUGCGGCGAACCCUAUUCCAGGGUCUCUCGUCGGAGGGCUCUGAGACUGGUCGUCUGCUUGGUGCUGCCGCUUCCCAGGGUGGCAGAACUGGGACUUCGCUGCGCUUCAACCCAUAAGACGGGGUAGGAUCCUGGAACACCAGAGCAGAUGCUUCUGAUGGCAGUUGAUCAGACUCUGCAUUGGGGAGAAGUCCAGGGAUGAUAUAUUUUUGGCCCGUAUUUCUCUACCCUGGAAGUCACUCAGUUUGUCCCAGAAAUAUUGAUCUUCUGCUUACUAUGACACACCCUCAGUGAAGGUCUGAUGGACAGACCCAUUCUGUUGACCCUGUGGCUUUUUUCUUCAAUGUGGAAGUUGGAAGACAAGGUGAAAGGGACCAAAAGUUAUCUGCUUUGGUGAAUAGGAAUGCUCCAUUCAGUUCUCAGAACAUGGGCCCUCGUUUAAAGCUGCAGCUGUGAUCCUCGGCUACCUGUUGGCAUUGAAGGGACCUAAUGUUUUACGUUAUUGGUGGAAUCACAGUGUCUGUGGUUGCAUUCUUCUUCACAAUUAAGUUCCUCUUUGAGCUUGCCGCACGUGUAGUCAGCUUCCUCCAGAAUGAGGACCGUGAGCGCCGAGGGGACCGGACUAUUUAUGACUACGUGCGGGGAAAUUAUCUGGAUCCCCGGUCUUGCAAAGUUUCCUGGGAUUGGAAGGACCCCUAUGAGGUGGGCCACAGCAUGGCCUUCCGAGUGCAUUUAUUCUAUAAGAAUGGGCAGCCUUUCCCCGCACUUCGGCCUGUGGGACUAAGAGUUCACAUCUCUCAUGUCGAGCUAGCAGUGGAAAUUCCAGUGACUCAGGAAGUCCUUCAGGAGCCCAAUUCCAACGUGGUGAAGGUGGCCUUCACUGUGCGCAGGGCUGGGCGUUACGAAAUCACAGUAAAGCUUGGUGGAUUAAAUGUGGCCUAUAGUCCCUACUACAAAAUUUUUCAACCUGGAGUGGUGGUUCCUUCCAAGACCAAAAUUGUGUGCCAUUUUUCUACUCUUGUGUUAACUUGUGGGCAGCCACACACCCUUCAAAUAGUUCCCCGAGAUGAGUAUGACAACCCCACCAACAAUUCCAUGUCCUUGAGAGAUGAGCACAAUUACAGUUUGUCCAUUCAUGAGCUUGGUGCUCAAGAAGAAGAAAGCUCUAAUGUCUCAUUUGAGAAGUCAGUGACCUCCAACAGGCAGACUUGCCAGGUGUUCUUGCGACUCACCCUACAUUCUUGUGGCUGCUUCCAUGCCUGCAUUUCAUACCAAAAUCAGCCAAUCAGUAAUGGUGAAUUUGACAUUAUCGUUCUGAGUGAGAAUGAGAAGAAUAUUGUUGAACGCAAUGUGUCCACUUCAGGGGUGAGCAUUUACUUUGAGGCUUAUCUUUAUAAUGCCACCAACUGUACCAGCACACUUCCAUCCACGCACCUGAGCUCUUCCCAGCGUCGGCCCUCCACUGCCGUUGAAGAGGAAGAUGAAGAUUCCCCCUCUGAGUGCCCCACCCCUGAGAAGGUGAAGAAACCAAAGAAAGUGUACUGCUACGUGUCACCAAAGCAAUUCUCAGUGAAGGAGUUCUACCUGAAAAUCAUUCCCUGGCGCCUUUACACCUUCCGAGUGUGUCCAGGAACAAAAUUUUCGUACCUUGGCCCCGACCCUGUCCAUAAGCUCCUUACACUGGUAGUAGAUGAUGGUAUUCAGCCUCCCGUGGAGCUCAGCUGUAAGGAGAGGAACAUUUUAGCGGCCACUUUUAUCCGCUCCCUCCAUAAGAACAUAGGAGGCUCUGAGACCUUUCAGGACAAGGUGAACUUUUUCCAGCGAGAACUUCGGCAGGUAUAUAUGAAAAGACCACAUUCCAAAGUCACCCUGAAGGUCAGCAGACAUGCCUUGUUAGAAUCGUCUCUGAAAGCCACUCGGAAUUUCUCCAUCUCAGAUUGGAGCAAGAACUUUGAAGUGGUUUUCCAGGAUGAAGAAGCUCUGGACUGGGGAGGGCCUCGCCGGGAAUGGUUUGAGCUAAUCUGCAAGGCACUAUUUGAUACCACCAAUCAGCUCUUCACCCGAUUCAGUGACAACAACCAAGCAUUAGUACAUCCCAACCCUAAUCGCCCUGCUCAUCUGCGGUUGAAGGUUUAUGAGUUUGCAGGGCGGCUAGUGGGCAAGUGUCUCUAUGAGUCAUCUCUAGGAGGAGCCUACAAGCAGUUGGUCCGAGCUCGCUUUACCCGUUCUUUUCUGGCCCAAAUCAUAGGACUACGUGUGCAUUACAAGUACUUUGAAACAGAUGACCCAGAAUUCUACAAAUCUAAAGUUUGUUUCAUCCUCAACAAUGACAUGAGUGAGAUGGAGCUGGUCUUUGCAGAAGAGAAAUAUAACAAAUCAGGUCAACUGGAUAAGGUUGUAGAACUCAUGACAGGUGGAGCUCAAAUCCCAGUCACAAAUGCAAAUAAGAUCUUCUAUUUAAAUUUGCUGGCCCAAUAUCGGCUGGCCAGUCAAGUGAAAGAGGAGGUGGAACAUUUCCUAAAAGGCCUGAAUGAGUUGGUCCCUGAAAACCUUUUGGCUAUUUUUGAUGAGAAUGAACUUGAGUUGCUGAUGUGUGGAACUGGAGACAUCAGUGUCUCUGACUUCAAAGCCCAUGCAGUGGUGGUUGGCGGCUCAUGGCAUUUCAGAGAAAAGGUCAUGAGGUGGUUUUGGACUGUGGUUUCCAGUUUGACUCAGGAGGAGUUGGCUCGGCUGCUUCAGUUCACAACAGGCUCCUCUCAGCUACCACCUGGAGGCUUUGCUGCCCUCUGUCCCUCAUUCCAGAUUAUUGCUGCUCCGACCCAUGGCACACUACCUACUGCACACACGUGUUUUAACCAGCUGUGCCUCCCUACGUAUGAUUCAUAUGAAGAGGUGCACAGGAUGCUGCAGCUGGCCAUCAGCGAGGGCUGUGAGGGCUUUGGCAUGCUCUGAUUGCUCUCCUGCCAUCCAGAGCUCCCGCACUCUCUGGAGCGCAUUACAGACAUCAUAACCUGUGGCCCUAACACAUGUAUCCAUCAGCCAGGAGAUGCUGCAUGCUCCCCUGUGUUUGGAGUAUUUUGUCACCUACAAGCCUUGUCUUUACCUCACCCCCUCCCUGCCCAUCUCCACCACAGGCCAUUUUGUCAUGGUACGUAAUCUGAGUUACCCAUUCAUUCAUGAAGAGACAACCGUGCUGCUAUAGUUUCAUUUGGUUCUUUGAAGAUCUCAAUAGCUGAGGGACAUUACACAAAAGGGCUCAGGUCUAUUGGAAACUUGAUGUGCUGAAAGCCUCAAGUCCACACCUUGAUCCAACUGCCUCUGCUAAUGCUCCUUGGGAGGUACCCUAUUUGGCCCUCACUGCUUGACCUGACAGGUAUGUGAGUCCUCUGUGGGAAAGGUGAUUGCCGCCUUCUUGUCAGGAGCCAGGAGAAGUACAGAUAGGAAGUGGCCACCUGAGCAUGUUCACUUUCAUCCCUCUGCAAAUUAGCAGGCACAGGCCAUGGCACUGGACUACCUCCAAUGGGCACUGAUAGCACAAAAGGAUUUUUUGUGUGGUGUCAGAACUGGAAAAGGAGCUUCACCUGCAAUCAUUUCUGGAAAUGAUCAUUAAUCCAUAAAGAAGAACUCUAAGGUUUUUCUUGAAUUUGAGCCAAGUAAGAAAAGCAGACAGACCUAAGAAUGUAAAAAACAGCUGUGCUGUAGCCUCCAGUGCUGAAUAUGAUUCUCCUUUAGGGUUAUGGGGCAUGCUGAGGCCCAUGGCUGGCCAGAAGAGUACUGAUACUUUUCCCUGAGUUUGUUCUUUACACUGAGCUAUGGCUGGGCCUAGCCAUUUGCCUCCAAGUUAGAAAGUAUGCCAAGAACUGGGAUUCUUCUCUGACAUGAUUUCAGGUUCCCGCCAAACCUAGAUUUCUACUGAAGAAAAUUUUGUAGCAAAAGAUGGGGACAGUAAGGAAAGCAUGCUCAUGAUCCCUCAUUCUCUCUUGCAUGGUGUUCUCUGGCAGCACUGAAGGAAUAGAAAAGGGAUAAGGAAUUUAAGUGCUUUUCACAAGUCCUUUCCCUUAAGGUCAGGACUUUGGGAACAUGCAUAGAGGAGAAAUAUAAGACAGUAAACACCUUGCUGUCCCAGUGACUUCCUUUCACUCCAUCCAGUACCUGGAAGGGAAACUAAGAAAGAAGAAGAUAUAUUUGCUUCACUGUAGAGUAAUAAUUGAAGAGAACCCACAGCCAUCUCAGAAGAGGACGUUCUUUUUCAUUACAGUUUGAAUGAAAACAUUUACAAGGCCCAAAAUCUCACUGACUACCCAAAUUGCUGUUUUUAAGAAGGAUUUGCUCUAAGCUACCAUUCCCAAUGAAGCACUUCAACUCUAAGAAUAUUACAAGCCAUCAUUUAUUGCCAAAAACCAGCAAGUUCACAGAGUCCUGACAUGAGGCAGGACUUGUGGCAAUGCCUUGGCCUCCUGGAAGUAUGUCUGAGCGCUCCCGUUCCCCUGGGCCAGGCGGGGAUCACAAGGAGCAAGCCCUCCUGAUCUGCUACAGUUCCUGCCUGAUCUCACUCCUCCACAGGCAUCAUUUGUCCCUUCUUGGCAUGGGUGCUGUCCUCACUCAUCCUUGGGUCCAGGAUCCAGCAUCAGGGCCUCUAACCCCCUGCAUCCUCCAUGCCACAUGGUCACUGCUCUCCUCAGGGACCAGGACAAGGUGCUGCUGCUUUCCCAAAUGUUUUCCCAUGGGAUAUGUGCCGGCAAGUUUAGUCAUCACCCUGGGAAAGACAGUGUUGUUCCUGGGGCCCAGAUAGGGGUUUCCAGCCUGGGGUACAUGUGCUGGUUCAGCUGCCUUUGACAGUUUUUCCUCUUCUGGAUUCUGCAUUCACCAACUCUAUUCAAAAGGAUCUUUGUUCUUUUUGGCCUUUUUACCUUUCUUUCUAAUCCUGCUUUGGUACUAGCUAAUGUGGGGAAAAGGCACAAUAUGUGGAGAGAAGGGGAAGUGUCUUUUAUUUCUUGGGCAAAUUUUCUAUUUAUGUUUCUUAUUUUGGCCGGUUCUCUUAUUUAUUCCUGUAUGACCCAGGUACUUAGGGGCCAACCAACCUUCCUGGCCUUUCAGUUUCUUUGAAGGAGACCAGGCACCAAGGAAAGAGUCGAUGUGUUUCAGGAACUUUGGCAGAGACCAAUCCCUGCCGCAAAUUCGUCAAGCAGAUGAAAAGGCCAGACAGUUGCAGCCGAUGGUGUAAAUAUUUUGUACAGUAAAUAAACAAAUGUUUAAAA